AUGUCUGUUGUGACGUUUGUCCUGAAAAUUGAUGUAGACAAUGAUCAAGAAAUUGCAGGUGACAAGGAUGAAGAAACCGCGCGCGACAAUAGCAAAGAAAAUCAAUGCUACAUUGACGAAGAAUCCUUGGGCAACGACGACGAAGGAACCGCGGGCGACAUUGAACUAAAAAAUCCAUAUGAUUCUGAUGAUACUGAUCAAGAUGGUUUAACAGACGUUUGUCAGUUUGUGACAGACAGCAACGAUAAGGAAGACGAUACAGACAAGAUUGGCGGUGACAUGACAGACAGCACUGAUCAAGAUUACACAAGCGAUUUGGCCUUAGAUCGGUACUAUGCAGAUGAAACAAACACGACUGACGAGGACGAUGAAGACGGUUCUGAGGGAGAUGACGCAACUGACAUUUUGGGGGUUGAUAAUGGCAACAAGAUCCACAAUGAUGUAACGGGCACACGUACAGAACAAAUUCCAAUAGCACAAACAAAGAGAACACCCAAAACCACAGUGGAGAAGACAAUGAAGUUGAAGCGCUGA